AUGGACCGAGGCAAAGCCACACUGAAAGGCCCCGUCAACACGCUUCGGAUACCGCUCCCGAGGCCUUUGUACGAGUGCGGGCGCCGCCUGGUGCGAAACCCUGUCGAGACCAGCACCCGAAUCGUGGGCGGGCGAGACUCGGCGCUCGCAGAAUUCCCUUUCCAGGCUGCUCUGAUUCGGAGAACCAAUGGCCGAAACGUCUUCUUCGGAGGAGGCAGCCUUAUCACGGACAAGUUUGUGCUGACCUGUGGUCACUGUCUGGCAAGGGAGUCGAUGCAGAACGUGACCGUGUGGCUGGGCCUGCAUCGCCUGUCGUUCCCGUCGUUGUUCCAGUGGCGCGCGAAGCCGUGCGCCUUCUUCAUCCAUCCGCAGUUCGACGAGGCGACGCUGGCGAACGACAUCGCGCUGCUGCGACUCAAGGACCGCGUGCCCAUCUGGAGGCUGGGCGGAUACGUGAACACCAUCUGCCUGCCGCCGCGGGGAUACCGACCGGAGGGGUUCGCCCUGGUCAGCGGAUGGGGCUACACGUCCGAAAAUGGUCCCACCUCUGACGUGCUGCAAGUCGUGGAGCUGCCGCUCGUAAACCUGACCCUGUGUAAGCAGCUCAUCAGGUUUCUCGUAGAAGACACGAAUAUCUGCGCUGGUUUCCUCGAAGGCGGGAAGGACGCCUGCACGGUACGUAGCACUGCGGGAAUUAAAGCUAUAGGGGACUCCGGAGGACCGUUGUUCCAGAUCUUCAAUGACACGGCCGUGCAGAUCGGCAUUGUGUCGUGGGGCCGAAGCUGCGCCGUUCCAAACUCCCCUGGCGUCUACACCGACAUCCAACCUGGCCUGCACUGA